AUGGCCGUCUCAGCGUGGAGGCGACUCCUCAACACCACGCAAAUCCGCAAUGACUACUCGCACAAACCCGCCGGACUCCGAUGGCGAAGCAACACCAUCUUCAUCCUCGCCACCGUCGGCGUCGGCAUCUUCACCGACCUUUUCCUCUACUCCCUCGUCGUCCCCGUGCUGCCUUUUCUCCUCGAAGAUCGCGUGGGCAUCCCUCCGGAUCAAGUACAGCGAUACACGUCCGCCCUCCUCGCCACCCUGGCCGCGUCGAGUGUGGCUUUCUCUCCUAUUGCUGGUGUUGUAGCGGACUCGGUUUCCACUCGUCAGGCUCCAUUUCUUAUUGGCCUAUCUGCUUUGAUUGGCGCCACGGUUUUACUAUUCACAAGCACCACUCUGCCCCUUCUCAUUCUUGCGAGAAUUUUGCAAGGAGCUAGCAGUGCGCUCGUCUGGACCGUUGGCAUGGCCUUGUGUAUCGAGACUGUCGGUCCGGACAAUCUCGGCAAGACUAUCGGAACACUCUUCUCUUUCAUCUCUGUCGGCUCGCUAUGGGCACCCGCUGUCGGCGGCAUUCUCUACGAAAAGACCGGCGUCAAUGGCGUGCUCGGCAUCGCACUCGCGGUCCUCGGCGUCGACUUCUUCAUGCGAUUACUCGUGAUCGAGAAGAAGGUAGCAAAGCGAUACGAAGCAGAAGCCGAAAGCGACAACGAACCCAGCACACCCCCAACCGAAACCACCCCCGACAACCAAACCCCAGAAGACCCCUCAACCAACGAACGCCAACCCCUCCUCAAACCCCAAGAAGAAGACCUCACCACCUACAUCCUCCCCAAGCAAACCCACUGGCUCCUCCGCACCGUCAAAAUCCUCCCCUGCAUGCGCAACCCCAGCCUCCUCGUCGCCCUGCUGCUCGCCCUCAUCCAAGCAAUCACCAUCGGCUCCAUCGACGCCACAGUCGCCACGCGCUCCCACGAGCUCUUCGGCUUCUCCUCGCUGCGCGCAGGCGUCAUGUUCCUCCCCAUCGGAAUCAUGGACCUCAUCAUCGGCCCCAUAGCCGGCUGGGCGACCGAUCGCUACGGGACGAAAAUCGUCGCUACGUUGAGUUUUGCGCUGCUCGCGCCUAUUUUUGCGAUGCUGCGCUUUCCGCAUGCGGGUGGGGUGGAGCAGAUUGUUUUCUACGCUGGGCUGCUGGGGUGUGUGGGCGCCGCGCUGGCGGGCGUGGGGUCGAGCAGUGUUGUUGAGCCGGGCAUUGUGAUUGACAAGUACUACAAGGCGAAUCGCGAGUUUUUCGGGGAGAAUGGGCCGUAUGCGCAGCUGUAUGGGAUGAACAGCGCCAUGUUCAAUAUUGGCUUGACCGUUGGGCCGGAGCUGGCGGGCGAGUUGAAGGAGGCGAUUGGGUAUGGGAAUAUGAAUCUUGUGAUGGCGGGGCUUUGUGCUGGCACUGCGGUGCUGAGUUUUGUGUAUAUUGGCGGGCCACCGAAAGUGUCAAGUAGAAGAAAGACAUAG